AUGUCCCACUUCCCCAUAAAUCAAGAUGGAACUCCGCAAAGCACCAUGUCGGAUCACUCAAAUACACGGGCUAUAACCUAUGGCCGGGUCCAUAAUCUACAACACAUCACUGUUACAACCUUAGCUCCACGCAAAGAUGGCUACUGGGUGAUCUUCAUCCAUGGUGGUGCCUGGCGGGAUCCGGCGGUUACAUCGGAAUCAUUCAAAGCCACGGAAUCCAUACUUCGCGACAAAAGCCUACCUAUCUCCGGAUUCGCCUCGAUCUCGUAUCGUCUCAGCGCACACCCAAAUCACCCACAAGAUCCAAGAACUACCCCUCCGAAGGACUUCCAAGAUGCGAAACACCCUGAUCACAUCCGCGACGUUGAGGCAGCGCUCGCGUUUCUCCAGAAUACAUAUGGUUUCGAUGCGCGAUAUGUCCUGGUUGGCCACAGCUGCGGCGCAACGCUGGCCUUCCAAGCUGUGAUGGGCGGGGUCUCAGGACAUCGUGAACAGGCAUUCAAUGGGUCCGCAGAUAAUCCCGAUAAUAGGGUCGGAUUUGUCUCCGCCUCUCCUGGUCCACUGCCGCCUCAAUUAAAAGCGCAACCCACUGCGAUCGUUGGCGUGGCGGGUAUCUACGAUCUGCGACGGCUGCGGGAUACUCACUCUGAUAUUUCGGCCUAUCAGGAGUUCAUUGAGGGGCCCUUUGGGGCGGAUGAGGUGCUAUGGGAUGGUGUAUCGCCGGCCCAGAUGGUUGGUUCUCGUGGAGUUGAAGGUGGAUGGAAGUCUGGAAGAUUGGUUGUCCUAGCGCAUUCUAAGGACGAUCAACUGGUGGACGAGUCUCAGAUGGAGGUUAUGAAGGCGGCUUUGGGAAAUUGGGAGAAGACCGGGGCACAGAUACCCGUGCAAGAGUUGUCGCGCCGUGAUAGACGGCUCCGUGUCUUGCCGAUUAGCGGUGCUCAUGAUGAAGCAUGGGAGAAUGGCGAGCAACUGGCUCACGCGGUAACCUUUGCAUUCGAGCAACUGCAGGAAAUGGGGCUGGCUCCCUAG